GCUCAGUUUACAAUUUUAUAAUUCUUGACGCCAGUGUGAGAUAAAUCAUCGAUUAAUGAUCGUUAUUUCGCAUUAUAAAUAAUUAAUCUUUGUUCGAUAAAGUUCUCAAAACGUUAUCUAAACUAAAUAAUCGUUUCUUUAAAUGGAAAGUGAAAUAGAAUUCCAAGAUCUAUCCAAGUUUAUCGUGAAACGAGUUCUCAGUGACAGCAGCCAACGAAAAACCAUUUGCGUAGAAGGCGAAUUCCAAGAUAAAGAUGGUAAAUUCAUCUUAUUAUUAGAGAAAAAAGCUUUCACCGAAGAUAAUGUGAAGAAUUUAUGUAUCGAAAAAUCGAUUCUAAAAAAAGAAUUCAUCAACGACGUCUACGGUAGUUAUGAAUUAUUCCCUUCGACAGAGCUGAAUGGAGUAAAAGCUACUGUCAUAUAUCCCGCCAGUGAACAUCAUAUUAAAAAAUUCGAAAGGACUCGGGUGCAUAUUUUAGAAGAAACCGAAGAAAUUUACAACAAUAUCACUUUACCUUAUAUCCUACAGCACCAGUUGAGUUUAGAAUGGGUAUUUAAUAUAUUGGAGCAUAAAUCUGAGAAAGACCGAAUUGUUUACGAAGAUACCGAUCCUGAAAACGGAUUCAUACUGAUACCUGAUUUGAAGUGGGAUGGCAAGCAAUUUGAAACCUUAUACCUGUUGGCUAUUUGUAACAAACGUGGCUUGAAAUCGUUACGUGAUUUAAAUUCCAGUCACAUUCAACUAUUAAAUAAUAUCUUAUAUAGUGGUUCUAAAGCUAUCGAAGAUAAAUAUGGAUUAACGAGAUCCAGACUACGAAUUUUUUUCCACUACCCGCCUUCGUUUUAUCAUUUACACGUUCAUUUCACCUACAUCGAUUUCGAAGCUCCGGGUAUUAAUUUCGAACGAGCUCAUUCUUUGGUAUCAGUUUUGGAGAAUAUUCGAACCAAAGGAGAUUACUAUCAACGUACCACUUUACUGUUUCCUAUUCGCGAAUCGGAGAAUUUGUUCGUCAAGUAUAAAGAAGAAGGGUUGCUUUCACCGGUAAACAACUGUAAACGUGUGAAAAAUGACGAGCCAUCGAACGAAAACGUUGAUUAAGAGUAUUAAAAUUGAAAUGAAACGACGAUUGAACGCGUGUCAAAUUUACAUCUUCCUUCUACCAUCUGCCAACUUGAAUGCCCAAGAAAUCAAAAUCGUCGAAAACAAAUUAUACGUGAGUUCGACAGAAACACCCAUCUUUCUGCCAUUCAACAUCGUACCAGGUACAUUGAGCGGUCUGCUUUAUAAAGAUAAUGUUGUAACGUUUCGUACCCGUUUUAUGAAUAAUCUAUCGGAAAACCGUGUCUCGAUCGUUCAUCUGAGUGAAACUGGAUUUUUCAAAGAACUGAAGAAGUUGCAAGUCGGCGAUCGUAUUAGCCUAUCGUGUUCUCAAUGCGGAUUCGAAAUACUGAAGAACGAUGUAACUUUGAGAUACGUUUCGUACGAAGGCGAAGAGAUCUUCGAUACGUCUGAUAUGUUUUGCCACGGUAAUAAAAAAACAUCGAGUAAUACCGUCGAAUUACCCGAAGGAGUACGUUUAAUUUACGAAAAUGGCAGUAUUAUCGUAUCUCCUUUCGACGCCGAUAAUAUGAAAUGGACGAAUAAAGGUGUCAUCAGCUGUAUCCGGUGCCUGAAUUGGUUAGGAAUUGCUAAAAACGAAAACGCUGUUCAGUUUUGGAUCGAUAGUGUCAAAAUACUGGAUUUCUUCCAAGACUGUACCCAGCAAGAUGUUGCUACUCAGAUAUUCUACUCAGUUCUUGAAAAAACCAUUACGAGUUGUCUGUUUCCUAUUUGUAAUAUCAUGUUGGUUUGUAAGGUAUCCGAUUGUGAAGAAAGUCGAUUACUGCUGACUGUGAUGGAUCGAAACGUUUUCAUCUACGAGUAUAAUUAUCAAGAAGAUUCGCCCAAAUUUCGUGAAAUUAUUUUCGUCAAGAUAUUAUUCAAAGAGUUAGGAGCUGAUGAACAAGACGAAAGUAAUAUUCACGGAUUGAUUUACGUAUCGAAAUCAACCUUGUGUGCAGCUUUACACGCGCUGUAUUCGUCUGCGAAGGAAAUUCCUCACUUUGAUACCGAAGAGAAAAUUGCUUAUUUGAGGAUUAAAUGAUGUUGUGAUUUUAGUUAUAUUUUUAUUUCGAGCAUUUUUUUUUAUUAUUAUUAUUACGUAGUGUGAAUGGAAGUUGAAUGGAUUGACGAUGCGAAUUAUAUAGUUUGAUCGUGUUUAUUUUAAUUUUGCACGUUUUAUAUUCUUUCCUAUGAUUGUGAAAUUAUCUCAGGAUUCUAUUAUGAUGUUCCGAGUGGAAGAUUUUUUCAGUUGUGAAGCAUUAAUGAAAAUAGAUGAUUUAUUUUAAU